UAUCUAUUUCGCUUGCUUUGUCGAUAAUUUGAGCCAUUUUAUCUAAAUAAUUCUUUAUAUCCGUAAAUGUUUCAUUUAAAUUCGAAAAAUCGGUAAUUCCAUUAUCCGAAUCGUACGUGGGCUGUUGCAAUUCUUCUGAAAUAGAAUUAAGUAUUUGGUUAUAUUUUUCAGUAUUUUCUAGUAUUGCAUUCCAAUUUAUUUUUGCGUCUUCAUCGUUAUCCUCAUCGAAAGUAUCACUUUUUUUUGCAAGUUGUUCUAUUUUUUCCAAUAAAAUAGAGGAAUGUUUUGUUAAAUUUUGAAACCCCUCCACUAAAUAUGGAUCUGGAAUAUUUUCUUUCUGAUCUUCUUGAUCGAUUAUAAUCCAUGCUUGAGGUGAAAUAAUAGUAUAAAUAUAUAUGUAAUUGGUAUCAUCAAGUCUAAACAAAAUGAAGCAUGAUUAUUAUACAGAACAAUAAAAUUCUCGACUGAAUAAGGUUAAUAUUCAAGAAAAUUUUUUUGAAAACCUCAAUUUUUUCAGAUAAAUUAAGAAUCUCUUCUGACCAAGACAAAUUUUCUUGACUUUGAUCCCGAAAUCGUUUAUCUUCAAAAAUAUUUUCUUGACUUAAGGGGUUAGGGGUAGUCAGAAUUUUCAAAAAAUCGAUUUUUUUUUUUUUGCAUUUUCUUAAAGUAUAAUAUUUUAAAAAUAUUGUGUGAAAAUUUGAAGUGAAUCCGACAAAUUCUUUUCGAGUUAUUUAACAAUGACCAAAGGACGCUCGGGUGCUACGUGGCAUUCGAGAGCAGGUAGCUAGAAACAGCUGCAAGCAACCGACCUUUCGGGUUUCAUUGUCAUGAAUAUCUCCCCAUUUUAAUGUAGUACAAGAACUGAAAAAUAAUUUUUGGUUGCCAGUAUACCUGUAGUCGUUGCACUGAUCAGUCGAUAGUUUUGUGAUAAAUUAUUUCUCAAGUGAAUUAAAUUAUUAACCAUGGGACGUGAUUCUAGAAAGGUUUCAAGAGAACUUCGGAGUUCUGAAAAAAUUAAUAAGUCGCGUUCAGUCAAAAGAAAGAAUGUUUUUAAUCCGAAAACAGCCGAACGUGAUGAAAGUAUUCAGAGUACAUCUUCUAAAAAAUUAAAACAAAACACUGAAGAUGAUGUACCUGAAGACAGCAGUACUGAAUUUCGAAUAAUAAAUUUUAUUCAGGUAUUCACUGCAAUUUCUGCUCUUAUAAAAUGUAAAAAAUGUGAUGGAAAUGUAGUGUUUCAAACAGCAAGUACACGUGGGCUGGGAUUCAAAAUUGUAGUUGCAUGUAAUAACUGUGGAAAUGAAUAUAUUCCUUCCUGUUGAAAAUAUGAAAUCUGCUAUAAUGGCAACCUUUUAUCACUACGGCUCGAGUGAUGAAAAACCGAAUCAUGAUAUGUGUCCAAAAGGCGAAGAAUCUUGGUGCUCUUACCAGCGCGCUGAAGCAAGAGGAGAGCUUGAUACCUUUUCUCACGAUUAUUCUCCUUUACCUUCUGAUGUUUUAAAAGCUAUCAAGCCUAUAUACGAAGAUCUUAGUAAUGAAAAUUUACUUUCAAGAUGUGUAGGUGGAUUCAAUCAGAAUAAUAAUGAAAGCUUUAACCAACUAGUAUGGAAAAUAUGCCCAAAAACGGUAAAUACUAGUUUUACUAUCGUACAAAUAGCUGCAUACGUUGCUAUGUGUAUAUUUAAUGAGGGUAUAAAUUCAUUAUUAGUCUUGAUGAAUACACUAGGACUUAAUUGUGGGCCUAAUUCUCAUCGGUAUGCAGAAAGAAUGGAUGCUGCACGUAUCAAAGUAGCAGAUAAGCGCGCUAAUGAUAACACCCGAGAAGGUCGAUUGCAACGUAGGCACCAGCAAAUCGAUAUUUUGGAAGCUGCUAUGUCGGCUGAAGAGCUAUUAUAUGGUCCAGGAAUAGAUGACUCAGUAUGAAUCUCCAAGGACUUAUGAUGAUCACCGCAAAGGACUUCGGGAGGAACGGGCUCUACAAAAACAGCGAUAACUUUUUGAAUUAUUAAUUUUUUUUUUUGAAAUUUUCGUGAAGUCAAAUCGAAACGUGUUCUAAUAAAGCUAUGUUUUUAUUUUUGUCAAAUAAAGUAAUUAACUACAAAAAAAAAAUUAUUGAAAAUCAUCAUUUUUUCAGGCCUCUGAGUACC